AUGAAUCCUCGAGACUCCAGUAAAGCGAUCAUUAGUGCGGAGUUCGCAUCUUGCGGGAUCCUACAGCGGUUCUUAACCGUCUCUUAUGAGCAGCAACUUUUCAUCCCCGUUGAAGUUGUAAAUGACUUCAAAGGCAUGAAACAAUCACAUCCACAUCGUACUGCAGUGGAGGCCGAUUUACAUAGAACAUCUCCUCAUAAUAUCUGCUCGCCUGCUCUGUCCCUUGUACCUAGGUCGCUCUGGCUUGGACCUCCUCCACGCGACAUCCUCAAUAUAGGUCCUAGCUCAUCAAAGCCUAUCGCCGUUUCGGACCAAGCGUAUGGAUUAUCGUCAGUGCUAAAGAUUAAAGGAAUUAAAGAUCAGAAAUAUAAGAUAAAGAGAACAAGAGGACGCAUCAUCCCGGAGGUGAGAAGAUUGGCAGGACAAGAAGCAUGGGCUAGAUGGAUAGAAACUACAACUCCACACUUGAUGAAACAUUGCAGUUUCGAGGAAGAAGAAAUGGACCAACGGAUUCUGUGGCGCCACACGUUCCCCGAUCCCAUUCCUGACGGACGGACAGGAAGGCUGAAAACGAAAUAA